AUGGCUGUGGCAGCCCUUCUUUUCGCCUCAUCCGCCAACGCCCACAUGAUCAUGGCAAGCCCUGUCCCAUUCAGCGUCGACAAGCUCGACAACGCUCCCAUCACAGCUGCGCAGUACCCAUGCAAAAUCAACCUUGGAUUUACCGUCUCAACCAUGAACAACAUGAAAGUUGGCGAAGAACAGACUUUGUCCUUCAAAGGCUCCGCUGUCCAUGGAGGUGGCAGCUGCCAGCUGAGUGUUACGACCGACAAGACGCCCACCGCGAACUCGAAAUUCAAAGUCAUCAUGUCCAUGGAGGGUGGCUGCCCUGGCAUCGAUGGUCCCCUGACCUUCAAGUACAAAAUCCCCGACAGCGUCCCCAAUGGCCAGGUCACCCUUGCAUGGACCUGGUUUUCCCGUCUCAGCGGCCAGCCCGAGCUGUACAUGAACUGCGCACCCCUAAUGGUCACUGGAGGUGCUAGCGACACCAAGGCUUUCGAUGCUCUGCCCGACAUGUUCGUUGCCAACAUCGCCACAGCUCAGUGCACCACUCCCGCGAACUUCAACACCAAGUUCCCCAACCCGGGCCAGAACGUCUUGACUGACGACUCUGCUGCUGCCGCAAACCCCCCAACUGGCGCAGGUUGUGGCAAGGCUGUCAGCGGAGGAGGAGACGCCUCCUCAGCAGCCGGCGGCGCCCCGACCUCCGUGGCCGCAACCUCUGCCGCAGAGGCCCCCAGCAACACCGGCGGCGUCUUCGCACCCGGCGCCUCGUCCGCUGCCCCCGCCGAAAGCACUUCCACCCUUACGACCCUCGUCACCCUCACCGCCUCGCCCUCCGUCCCAGCAGCCGCUACCUCCGCGCCCGCAGCUGGUACCGAAGCGCCCGCAUCUGGUACCGAAGCACCCGCGGCCGGUACCUCAGCAGCAGCAGCACCAGUCCCUACCACCCCGAGCGGCGGUGGAGGCGGUGCCACUUGCUCUACCAACGGCGCAGUUGUGUGCAACGGAGCGACGCAGUUCGGUCUCUGCGACAACGGGAAGGUGGUCUGGCAGGCUGUUGCGGCGGGCACGACCUGCAGCAACGGGCAGAUCACCAAGCGACAAUGGCGACGGGAGCUGAGGGGCCGUGUGCCGCUGAAGCCGGAGACUUUGUAG